AUGCCGGGAGGACUCAGUAGCAUCCGCGAAGACAUCUCGGAGGUGAGCUUCGGAGGGGAGGAAGGCGCGCGAGGUUCGUCUUCCAAGGCGGGGAAGACGGCACCAUCAGGAGGUACACGAAGCGGUGGAGCUAGCACCUCGGCGUUGUCGAGCAAAUUGAAGGCACGAGAUUUUUUGCCGUCAUUCUUGAGGAACAAAAAGCAAACGCCUGCA